AUGGUAUGUAAAACAUAAAUAAAGUGUUAUAAAGAGGAGGUUACUAACAUGUUUCAGGCUGGUGUUAAAACAUUCGAAUUAAGAACUAAAUCAAAAGAAGAAUUAGAAUCACAAUUAAUUGAAUUCAAAAAAGAAUUAGCCAACUUAAAAGUUCAAAAAAUUCAAAGACCAUCAUUACCAAAAAUUCAUACAGUUAGAAAAAAUAUUGCUAGAGUUUUAACUGUUAUUAAUUUACAACAAAGAGAUAAUGUUAGAGCUUUCUAUAAAGGUAAAAAAUUUCAACCAAAAGAUUUAAGAGCUAAAAAAACUAGAGCUUUAAGAAGAAAAUUAACUAAAUUUGAAGCAUCAAGAGAAACUGAAAAAGCAAGAAAACAAAGAAUUACUUUUCCACAAAGAAAAUAUGCUAUUAAAGCUUAA